AUGGAUCCGAAUGAUGAGAUAUUUCCAAUUGCGUAUGCAAUGGUUGAGGGUGAAAACAAGGAAUCAUGGAGCUGGUUUUUAGCAUUAUUAAAGCAUGAUUUGGGCAUUGAUGUUGUAUCAGAAAAUGAAUACAUAUUCAUUUCAGAUAAGCAGAAGGGGUUGCUGCCUGCAUUUAGUGUUGUGUUACCAAAUGUGGUUCUUAGAUUCUGUGUAAGGCAUUUGUAUGCCAAUAUGAAGGCCGCAGGCUUUCAUGGGAAUGCUAUUAAGGACACACUUUGGGCAGCAGCCAGAGACACCACAGUAAAUUGUUUUAAGGAGUCAAUGAGAAAGAUGAAAGAGCUUGACAACUUAGCAUUUGGUUGGUUGGGAGACAAACAUCCAUCUGAAUGGUCCAGGUCCCACUUUACUACUUCUGCCCUUUGUGAUAUUCUAGUAAACAAUAUGUGUGAGUGCUUCAAUGCCAUGAUAGUUAAGGCUAGGGAAACACCAUUGAUCAGUUGCCUUGAGAGUCUUAGGACUUUAUUGAUGACAAGGUUAUUCAAAAAUAAACAAGAUGCAGAUGAAUGGACUGGAAUUGUUUGCCCUAAUAUUGUGAAGAAAAUUGCAUUAGAAGAGAAAUUUGCAGGAGGUUUUAUACCCUUACAACAUGCCAUAUGUGCAAUCUGGAUGAAGAGACACAAUGUAUUGGAGUAUGUUGAUAGCUGCUACAAUGUUGAGACCUACUUGAAAGUGUAUGGAUGUGGAAUAAAUGCAAUGGCUGGACCAAAUGAGUGGCCUCAUACUCAUAGAGAAGCACCUUUGCCACCUGAAUACAAGGCAAAACCUGACAGGCCAAGGAAAUUAAGACUGAGAGGAGCUGAUGAAAAAAAAUAA